AUGGCUCGUCGUGAUCAUCGUCGUCAUGGGGAGCCUCUGCCCCUUCCGGUCCCGCAGCCCUCCGGGUUCGUGGACCUGGCUGACGCGCCGAGGUAUCUGGCCCUCCGUGCCGUACGUCGACGCUGUCGCGAACACCGACUUCGGGAAGCCGUUCGCUCGAUCAACGACCUCUCCCGUGCCUCGGUCCACGGGUUCGGCAGCGUGCCAGCCCGUGGCUCCACCAAGCCCGGCGAGCCCUCCGCCACGCAGGCCAGUUGCCUCGCCCACUUGCGUCGCAACAUCGGCCGGCACGGCCCACGGCCGCCUGGGCUCACACCUCGCGGGGCCCUUCAGGAGCUCCUCAAGUCCGACUCGCUGUACGCCGGGGCGCCCUCCAAGGUCGCACCCUACAGUGAGGACAAGCUCAAGUUCUGGAAGUCGAAGAUCGUCCCGAAGCGUGUCGAGGACAUCUGCCCCGACUUCGUCGUCCGCGCCUUCGCCGACCCCGAUCGGUACGUGCGGAAGCCGGACAGGGUCUUCUUGGCUGAUGCGGAGGUGCUCGACCCCAUCGUGCCCUACUGGGACCCUCACCUCGCUGGCUCGCCCGACGCGCGGGUCAGGUUCGUCCGCCGCCUGGCGGAGCGAGGCCUUGUCGGCUACCGUCGGCGUAUUCGUGCUCGCGUGGGCUGCUUCUUCGUCGAGAAAAAGGGUGGGUUCAUCAGGCUCGUGGUCGACGCCCGCGAGACGAACCGGACCCACUGGAGUCCUCCGCACGCUGCCCUCGGGACUCCGGCCGCGCUCGCCGAGCAGGACUGGUCGGACGCCGCCCUGGGAGCCUCCGACGCGACCUCGGCGCCCGCCAUCUACGGUGCCUCGCUCGACCUGGCCGACAGCUUCUACCAGUUCUGCUCGGACGCCCUCGCGGAGGACUUCGGGAUGGACUACCCCGAGCCCGCGUCGGUGUACGGGGCGACGCACGUCUGGGAGGGCGGCCGCUUCAUCCCCGUCGGCGCCGACGAGGUGGUGUUCCCCGCCUUUCGUGGCGUCGCCAUGGGCUGGAGCUGGGCUCUUUGGGUCGUGCACUCCUCGGUCACUUCGUGGGUGGGUCACGCGCUCUCAGGCGGGCCUGCGAGCCUCGUCCUGGACCGUCAGCCGCCGCGCCCGGCGGCCCCGGGCAGGCCCGCCGGCUCCGUCUACGUCGACAACGUGGGGAUCCUGGGUCUCUCCGCCGCCGAUGCCGCGGCGGGCCUGGCCAGCGUCAUGGAGGAGCUCGACCGCCGGGGCAUCGUGUACCACGAGGUCUGCGAGCCGUCCCUCGAGUUCGGUAUGGUGGGCGUGGUGUAUGAUGGCCUCCGUCGGACUCUUCGCCACUCCGACGAGCGGGCCUGGCGGCUCUACCUCGCCUGCCUGGAGCUGGAGCGCCCGGGCGUGCCCCGUGCUGCGUGGCAGGUGCGGGUCGUCCUCGGGCACUUCAUCCAGCACUGUCUCCUCCUGCGGCCAGCCAUGUCCAUCUUCCGCCACCUCUACAGGUACGUGGACGAGUGCCGGCUCGGGCCGCCUUCGCCUCUGCCGGGUCCCGCUCGGCAGGAGGUCCGUGUCUUCCGAGGGCUCAUCUUCCAGGCGGUCGUCGACCUCGCCGCGCCCGUGUCGGACAUCGUGCUCUGCUCCGACUCCUCCGAGGCGGGCUACGCCCUACACCGCCGGCGCUGCGACCCCGAGGCGGUGCGCCGACUCGCGCGCCUUCGGGAGCGCUGGCGCUUCACGCCCGACGAGAAGCGGCCCGAGGCCCUGGAGGACGACACCUACACGCCCGGCUGGCUUCCUGGCGCUGGAGGGGUGCUCGGUGAGGGGGACCCCAGCUGCGGCAUUGCGACCUGGGCCCCGCCACCGAGGAGGGCCGACGAGCGCCCCCACGGUACCGUGCGGGCUCGGGUUGCACAGGCCCCGCGGCGGGCGACCUUCGAGGACAUCCCCGACGAGCUCGUCGCCCCUGACGCCUGGUCGCUGGUCGUGGAAGGUGCCUGGAGGACGCGGGCGCCCAUCCACAUCCUGGAGGCCCGAAUCGCCCUCGCGGGGCUCCGACACGCCUCCAGGAGCCUCGAGUGCCACGGGCGCCGCGUCCUCAGCCUCGGGGACAACAUGGCCGAGGUGCUCUCGACCGAGAAGGGCCGCGCCGUCGACGUCGGCCUCGGCUCCGUGUGCAGGCGCAGUGCUGCCAUCCAGGUGGCCACCGGCAUCCGCUGGCGGCGCCGAUACCUCGACACAGAGAGGAACAUCAGCGAUGGUGGCUCGCGCAAGGCCCUGCAGGGGCUGUACCGCCCUGGACAGCGUCGCGUGGGGCCUGGCGCCGGCGCCGCGGGGGCUGUGGGACGGCCCGGUGCGGCCCCGCCCCCGCCGCCGCCCCUGGGGCAGGAUGCCGGCGCUGCGGGGCCGGCUCGGGCUGCCGCCGCCUUGGCGGCGCCCGCCGUCUUCUCGGGCUGCGGGCGCUGGACUGGUGCCCUGGCCCAGGCGGGCCUCGUCGUCGCGGCCCCCAUGGACAUCAAGCACGGGCCCUGGUGCGACCUCCUCAACCCGAAGGUCGAGUCUCAGGUGCGUUCCUGGAUCACCUCCCGGGCCGUCUGGUUCGUCCACUUCGGCACCCCGUGCACCCCGUGGUCCAUCUCUCGGCGAGGGGCUCGCGAGGUCUCCGCCAUCAGGGCGGCCCGUCGGUGCGCUCACGUCACGGUGCGUCUCUUGGAGGUCUGCAGCCGCUACAGGAUUCACUGGUCUCUGGAGAACCCCCAGUCCUCGGGCCUCUUCCGUUGGGCCCCGCUCCGGAAGUUCUUGGACCAGCACUCGCGUUCCUGGGCUACCUAUCACUGCUGCCGGUUCGGCGCGCCCUACAAGAAGCCCACCACCAUCGUCUCAAGUCUGGGGGCCCUGCACGACAUCGGCCUGCUCUGCGAAGGGGGCCACAGGCACGAGCACUUGUCUGGGAAGGUACGUGUCCGUGCGCCCACGGGAGGGCUCAAGCAUCAGUGGAAGACCACGUUGGCCGGCGCGUACCCCCCGGGCGCCUGCCACCUCGCUGCCAGCAUCUUGGCAGCGGCAGCGCCGCGCGGCGCCAAGAGGCCAGAUGGCCCCCCGCUGGAGGAGGCUCCGGCCGAGGGCCGCGGGCCAGUGCGCCGGCGCCCCGCCGCUGCCGGUGCCGCGCGGCGGCCGCGCGCCCGGCGGGAGCCCGCUGACUACAACCCUGGCUUCCUCCGGCGCUCGAGGGUGACCGCCACGACCGCCGAGCGGUACCACGCCAGCCUGCACGAGUUCGCCGCGCAGAUGGGCCUGGACCCGGCGCGCUGGACCGCCCGCGACCUCCCUGCCGUGGACGCCGCCCUCGACCGCUUCCUCGAGGAGCUCUUCGUAGCCGAGCGGUCGCGGGGCGACGCUCGGUAUGCGCUGGCUGCUGUCGCCGACCACUUCAACGUCAGCCUCCGCCAGCCUGGGGUCCUCCCGCUCGCUCGCGCUGCCAUGGCUGGCUGGGGCAAGCUGGAGCCUGACUCGACUUCGGAUCCCCUCCCGUGGUCGGCCGCGGUGCUGAUGGCGUACCACCUGUCGCGGACUGGCGUCGAGUCGGACCUCGAGGCCGCCCGCGGCCUCGUUGUGCAGUUCGACACCUACCUGCGGCCCUCGGAGCUGGUGCUCAUGCCCCUGGUCGCGUGCUUCACGCCGGGCAUGCACGCUGGGGUUCACUACAACAAGUACGGGAUGGUCGUCGCGCCGUCCAGCCAGGUGGCCGGCCAUCUCAUCGGCAUCCGUACCAGCAAGACCGGCGUGCAGGAUGACACCGUCCUCCUUGAUGAGGCCAGCCGACCUGGCGUGAUCGGUGCCUUCGCCGCGCUCAUCCGCCAGGCUCGCCGUUCUCGCUCGCAGACGCUGCUCCCUAGCCACACGUAUGCCUCGUACAAUAAAGUGCUGCAGAGGGCCGCUCAGGCCGUAGGCAUCCCUUUCAAAGUCACGCCUCACCUCGCCAGGCACGGCGGGCCCAGCGAGGACUUCCUCCGCCGUGCCAGGACGCUGCCCGAGAUCCAGGCGCGCGGGCGCUGGGCCUCUUUCCGCAGCGUGCAGAGAUAUGAGAAGGCUGGCCGCCUCCUCGCGGCCAUCCGCAAGCUUCCGCCUGCUGUCCGGGCCGCCGCCUGCAAAGCCGAGGCUCGUGGACUCUCUUUUCUGGCAUGA